CCCAAACCAACCCAAGUCUCAUUCUCUUUCUCUCCAUCAGAAAGAAAAACUCAACCCAACACCCCCUCUCCACCCUCUUUUUCUUUUAAUUUCUCAUCUUAUCUAUUAAUCUUAUAUACAUAUAUAUAAAGACAUAGAUAAUAGUCAUAUAGAUAUAAUUAUUUCGUUAUAUUUUCCUUGCAUGGGCUGUUAAGAUGUCUCGCACGUGCUCACAGUGCGGCAACAACGGCCACAACUCACGGACAUGCACCGACGGUGGCGCCGCCGGGUCUCCGAGGGAGAACGGCAUCAUGCUGUUCGGCGUAAGAGUCAUGACGGAAGCUAACUCCUCCUUCAGGAAGAGCGCCAGCAUGAACAACCUCUCACAGUACGACGCGGAGUUCAACGCCGCCGACGCCGGCUACGCCUCCGACGACGUCGUUCACGCCUCCGGCCGCACGCGCGAGCGCAAGCGAGGUGUUCCUUGGACGGAGGAAGAGCAUAGAUUGUUCCUGUUAGGGUUACACAAAGUCGGAAAAGGAGAUUGGAGAGGGAUUUCUAGAAACUUCGUGAAAACUCGCACGCCUACUCAGGUCGCUAGUCACGCUCAGAAGUACUUUCUCCGCCGCCACAACCAGAAUCGCCGCCGCCGGAGAUCUAGCCUCUUCGACAUCACCACCGAUACGGUGAUGGAAUCUUCUACUAUAAUGGAAGAAGAACAAGUUCCGCCAGAGACGGUGGCGGCGCCUCUCCCCGCCGCAUAUCCGCCGUCGCAUUACGGGGCUUUUGCCGGCGCGGGUUUUCCGAUAGCUCCGGUGGUGUUGCCGGUGAGUGGCGAGAGACUAACCAAGCCGAUCAGGCCGACGCCGAUUUUGCCAGUGCCUCCGUCUUCGAAGAUGGCUAAUUUGAACUUGAAAGAGAAAGCUUCUCCGACAAAUCUCAUUGAGCCUUUGCCGUUGUCGUUGAAUCUGCCAUCGCCGACGCCGCGGUCUCAGGAUCAGUCGUCGGCGAGUAGUGGGCACUCGUCACCGUCGUCGUCGUCAUCGGCGGCAGCUUUUCAGGCUAUGUCUGCAGCGAAGUUCGGCAGCGGCGGGGAUAGUAUCAUCAGCGUUGCUUGAAAAGAAGGAAACAAGAAAAAAAAUUAGUGUCAUUAAGUUAUUAAUUAAGUAUGGUCUUAGUAGUUAAUUUGCGUGUGUAAAUUAAUGUUACUUAAUCGGGCAUGUAUCCAAGAGGGGGAAAAAUUGAAGAUAUGUGUUGGGGAUUUAUUGAUUAUUACGAAAGAUAAUCAUAAUAUAGGUAGGAGGGAGGGGAUAUUUGAAUUAAUGAGUAUAAUGGUAAUUAAUUAUGAUUUGGAAAAAUAAAUAUAUACUAUGGGUUUAGGUUAUGUAGGUAAUUAGGCAAUUUAAUUGCUGGUUUCAGUGUACAGGUUUAGUGGAAUUUAGAAUUAGAAAGAUGGGUUGUCAUAUUCUGUAGCUGUUGAGGGAUUCUUGUUUCUGUAUGUAUGGGGGAGUGUGAGCGUGAAAUGAUAGGGCACCGGGUACUCUUGAGAUGCGACUGGUCUGUGUAAUGCCACUGGGGUCAUUAAAAUAUUCCUUAGAUUAGAUUAGACAAAGGAAUAUAUUAUGCUUACCAUUUUUUUUUAGAUUUAGUUUCUGUGUUCUUGGACUUGGGUUGAACCAAGAAGUAUUCGAAUGCAACACAAUCUAGGACCACUAUUACGUUGGAAUGAAAAGAAUACAACAAAAAAACUCUUGGUUGAAA